AUGUUCAGUGGCACACCGCGACAGGAUACGUGUGAUGUCGAUGCGAUACUGGCAGAUCGCGAGAAAGCGAGUGGUGGUGUUGGAGGAGGAGCAACACGCGCAGUAGGGAGAACAAUUCCAGGACCUUCAGCGAACAUGGAGCGGACUCAGGCUGGUGGUGUAUCCGCUGGGCAAGCUGCUAUGAUGGCAUUACAGAACCUUUCUGAACGAGGGGAGAAGUUGAGCGCAACUGUAGACGCCACGGAGAAUCUUCGCAACAACGCGAUGAACCUCUCUCAACGGACCGGGAAACUGGUUGAGAAAUUGGAAAAGAAGAAAUGGUACAACUUCUAG